AUGGAGAAUCUUGAAGAGGGUUACCGUUUUCAUCCGACAGAUGGUGAAGGACUUACUUUCUUGUUGAGAUUCAUUGCUGGACAAGAGAUGCAUGAUUCUGGUUUUAUCACCACUAAUGUUGAUGUUUCCGGUAAACAUGAACCUUGGCAGAUUUAUGAUCAUGGAGUACCCUGCGGUGAUGAUGAUGAUGAUGACGAUGACAGCGAUUGCAGUCAGUAUCGCUACUUCAUCACAAAGCUCAAGAAGAAAAACAAGUCUAAGUAUAAUCGCAAUGUUGAAAACAGGGGCAGUUGGAAACAACAAGACAAGGGCAAACCGGUUAUAUACUCAUCAUCAUCACCCGUAAUUAUUGGAUGCAAGAAGAGCAUGUCUUACGUGAAUAAGAAUUAUAAUCGGAAAAAUGGGAAUCGGCUGAUGAAGGAGUACGAGCUCUCUAGUGUUAUUCUUCAGAAAUUUGACGAGGAUUGCAGAGAUUAUGUGCUCUGUGCCAUCAAGAAGAGACCCGUUACUAGUUCCUGUCAUUCCGAGACUUCCACAGUCACAAUCUUGAACAAUUUUCCUGAUGAAGUAACUUCAUGUGGUACUACAAAUAGUUCUUCUCCUGAAGUUUUGCAGGUAUUAAAGUAUCUGAGUGAUACUUCAUUCUCUUCCAUCUUUGAUUAUCACACUAAUUGCUCUUCUCCUUUUACUAUUCCUUGUGUAGUAAAAGCUGAAUCAUGGCUUUCGUGA